GCGUGAAACGAACUCCAUCUCCCAUCGUUGUUUUCUCUCGGUGUGUAAUGGUAGACAACGUCAUAUCUCCGCUUUGUUUCUGCUACUGGAAGAGAGACCUCUCCGCCCUUAACAGUCUCUCUCUACAUCUCUCUGCAAACAUCUAACGAUCUCUCGCUCAAAACUCGAUCCACCGUAUAGAGAGCAAAAAUGGCAAAGAUCAAAACCCUAAUCUGACAUACAACGAACACGUUCGGCUGGUUCUCCCUGCUUAUCUGAUCCAGAUACUGGGUGGACAUGUUUGCUAUUUUGGAUUGCCUUAAUCGAACGAUACUACUGGUUUACUACACUGGUUUACGACGCUAAAUAGCUUUUCGAGGGAUUUGUAAUUAGAAUAUCUGUAGACGAGCAUAAUUUGUGACACAAGUGCUAAAACAUAUUCUGGGUAUUGCUUUGUGGAGGUGGCUUUGUGUGGUUGAAGUCAGAUUCAUUCUCUGCUUUUCUUGGCUAAGUGAAGAAGUUAUCUUUUACCAAGUGCUGCAGUAUGAGCUUCGAAAAUGAAGAUCAAAGCUCACCAGAUAAGCCCUCUGAAACAAUUUGCGAGUCUCAAAAGCAUUCGAAAAUUUCAUAUACAAGAAAUUUUCUUUUAUCAUUAAGUGAAUUGGAAAUUUGCAAAAGCUUACCUAGUGGGUUUGACCAAUCAAUACUAAGUGAAUUUGAGGAUUCCUUCCGAGGCAUACAAGAUCGGCAAAGAAUUCCUGGCAGUUUGCCACUGCAAGGUUUCAGGCGUAACGAAUAUGGAUCAUCCCCACCUACUAGAGGGGAUUCAAUUAGUUUUUCUCGGGGUGUUUAUGGAAGGUGGGAUAGUCGUUCUUCUGUACAGAAUGAUAGAGAUGGUGAUUCACAUUCUGAUCGGGAUUCGGAUUCUGGAAGGCGUUACGGCAACCAACCUCGACGGUCUUGGCAAAGUUCUGAGCACGAUGGGCUUCUUGGGAGUGGUUCUUUUCCAAGACCAUCUGGAUAUGCUGCUCCAGGGGUUUCGACUUCAAAGGUUCGAGCAGGAGAUAAUUACCAGCUCAAUAGAAGUAAUGAGCCAUAUCAUCCUCCUCGCCCCUAUAAGGCUGGACCUCACUCACGUAGAGACACUGACUCAUUUAAUGAUGAAACAUUUGGUUCUACUGACUGUACAAGUCAGGACAGAGAAGAAGAAGAAAGAAGGAGGAGAGCUUCAUUUGAGUUGAUGAGGAAGGAACAACAAAAAGCACUUCAAGAGAAGCAGAAAUUGAAGCCAGACAAUCAAAAAAAUGACCCCGUCUCAGAAUUUUCUGCAUUGCUGGAGGAUACCAAAGAUGAAAAGGGACUUUUGAAUAAAAAUGUUGAAUCAGAUGAACCUGAGAUGCUACAGGUUUUAAAUAAUGAUUCUGGCAAAUCUUCUUUUCCCUCGCGAACUCCUGCAUCCAGACCCCUUGUACCCCCAGGUUUCACAAGCACGAUUUUGGAUGGGAAUUCUGGAAUGAAAUCUUUAAUCCACACCGGUCCAGCAGAGGUUGGGGGACCUGAAAUUGAGGAAAAUCUUUCACAUUCAAAAACCAAUCCUGUGCAAAAUGGGACUCUUGAUAAUCACGAGGAGAUAAAUUCAGCCAAGGGACUGGAUUUGAGUGAGAAGGCUCAAGAAAAUAGGAGUCUUCUUUCACCAUUUGUAAACAAGGAUGAAAGGGAUGUGAAUUAUUCAUCAGCUUUGCAAGUUUCUAACAAGAAACUUGGCAUAGAUGAUAAACUUUACCAAACUUCUAGUGUUUCAGAAGCCCAUGAAAGCCUGAAUAUUGGUGAAGUAAUUGAAGUUGAUGCUGAGAAGGUGACAGGGCAUAAAUUUCUUGGUGAUUCCAAUCAGGAUCAUUCAACAUCAAUCCUAGAAAAGCUUUUUGGCGGUGCUUUAACAGUGAAUAUUGGUGGCUCCUCGGGUGUCAUUGAGCGUCAUGAUAGUAAACCAGAUGAAACAUGGAGCCCGAGUACUGUCCAGUCUUCCAAGUUUGCUCAUUGGUUUCUUGAAGAUGAAAAUAAGCCAGCAGAUGAACUUUCAUCUGGUAGGUCUAGUGAUCUGCUUUCUUUAAUUGGUGGUGGUGGGAAGGGUGGAUCCCAAGUAACUGAUGUGAUAGCUACCCAGCAAAUUCCACCAGAUUUUCCUUUCCAGAGCUCUGAAUUUAGCAACAGGAAUAUGGUAUCUAAUAUAACAUCCGCCACAACUGAGAUAUCUGAGCAGUUGAACAUUUGUAGUAAACAAGAGGCGAUUCCUUCAGUUCUUACAUGCGAAGACCUUGAACAGACAAUUCUGUCCGAGUUCACUGAAAAUAGUACAACUUCGCAGCAGCCUGUACAAGGCUGGACUGUUACUGGUUCAAAGAUUGAGCAGCCAAAAGCAGAUAUUGACAAUCAGGCAUCACAACACCUCCUUUCCUUGUUACAGAAGGGAACUGGCCUGAAAGAUGUGACACCACCUCCCACUCUUGACACUGAAUCCUCAGACAGACUGCAUCUCUUUGAUGUAGAAAAUAUUGGCAGUGAGAAUGACAUCCCAAUAGGGGCAAAUUCUGAAAAUAUUCACAAUUCAGGGAAGACCCUGACUCUUGAAACACUUUUUGGAACUGCUUUCAUGAAGGAGCUGCAGUCAGCUGAAGCACCAGUCUCUGUGCAAAGGGGCUCAGCUGGUUCUGCAAGAAUUGAUGUGUUAAAUGAUGGUCUCUUUCCUUCUUCAGUUGGUGAUAUUGGACACAACAGGGCGGGCUAUGAAAGCAAUGUUUUGGCAUCAGAUCAUAGACAGAAAACCAAGCCGGAUAAAAUUGAAAAUUGGUUAGGCUUUAAUGAUCCUCAAAUUGAAGUGGACCAAUCAAAUAUCCGAACUGAAGUACCAUCUAAACAUGGUGGCUUUGACAAGGCAAUUGAAAUUCAGUUACCUGAAGAGGAGAGCUUGAUUACAGUUGGCGAUCCUGUUAAAUCUUCACAUGCUAUAAUUAUGCCCACUGUAAAUUCAACUAUAGGUGAGUUGUUAUCCUCUAACACACCAGCUAUCGUAGCUGAGAAACUUGCCGCUCUUAAUACGAUUCUCAAAGAUGAACGAUCUAUGGUAGGUCUGGAAGGUCAACCUUUUGUUCAUGUUCCUUACGAUAUGAUGGAGCCUGAGAAUCCAUACCGCAGUCUUCAUGCCCCAGAAUCUUCUCCACAAUUUCGUCCUCAGAUGAAUCAUGGGAGGCCAUCAUUCCAUCCAUUAGAUUCUCACCCUGCUCAUGUUAAUUCCCAGAUGAAGUUCAUGGCUCCGGAGAGCAUCAUCCGUCAUGAUGCUGCACCCAAUCAUCCAUUUCCUGCAAAUAUGCUUCGCCCUCCUUUCCAUCACUCGACCACAGGGUUAAUGGGGUUUGAUCCUCUUAGUCAGCAUCCUAUGUUACAGCAGAUGCAAAUGUCAGGCAGUUUCCCCCCACCUCACCUACUACGGGAAUUUCCGAGGGGUGCUCCACUCCCUCCUCAAUCCAGCAAGCAGGCAGUUGGUUUGAUGCAGGAACCAAACACAAUACAAGGGUUUCCUUUUGGUCACCAGCAACCAAAUUUUGGUGGCCUUGGAAUGCAACUGCCAGCUCCUGAUGCUAGUGUCGGAAGCAAUCAUCCAGAAGCAUUCCAAAGGCUUAUGGAGAUGGAACUAAGGGCAAAUUCCAAACAGAUACAUCCUUUAGCAGCCCCCGGCCGUAGCCAGGGGAUGUAUGGCCACGAGCUUGACAUGGGUUUUCGGUAUAGAUAGUCGUCUAUUUCCAUCUCUGCGUCUGGAUUGGAGGUCAGGUGUAGUUUGCUUAUUGUAGGAAGGACAGAGUGGAACUGGUGUAAAUUAUUGUUUUGGUUACACAAUUUCGUAUUUUGCUUUUGUUUGUCGUUUUCAGAAGAAACUGGAAAAAAAAAAAAAAAAAAAAAAUUGAAGAAAAGAAGAAAAAGAGAGUUCUAUCAGAACAUUUUGCUCGUGCCAUGCAUGAUAUGGUUGGAGCUUUCUUUGGCUCAACAGUAAGCACUAUAGUGUAUGGUAGCAUUGAACUGCGUUGCAAGAGCAUUUUUAUUCCACUCAGUUGGCCAUGCAGGGCUUCAAGCAUCUUCAUGUUCGGAUGAUUGCAGAUAUCUAUCUGACAGGAAUGUAGCGUAUUGUUUUUAUCUCUUCCGUGCAAUAAUGUUUUGUUCAGUGUUUACUGGUGUCUGUAAGUGCUAUUCCUAUUGCGCUUUAUAUUCUGCCCAUUUGGCGAAGAUGACAUAAAAGUAGCCCUUUUUGAGUUCCUUAUCCUUA